AUGGAUUCUACUAAGAAAAUGGAUGUGAUUGCCAUCAACGAUACAUUGGAAGAUGAGUGAGUGUUGAAGCGUGAUUUUGGCUGAAAAUAUACAUAUUUUGCAGACCUUCGUCGUGUGGAUGUCGUUUCAGAUGUUGCGCCGAAAUUCCAUACUACGCAGACAACAUCGAAACUUUUUCGCCGCGAAUCGCUGCCCUAAUUCUAAUGGUCACCCAAAAAACGGAGAUGUUCGACGAAUCUCACGUUCAACUUUGGGCUCAGCGGACAAAAUUGGAGCCCGGAACUGCGCAAAAAAUCGAGGCCAUUCACGCGUUUUCAAAGUGCCCAAAAAUUUUGGAACAUGUUGGAAAAUUCGAGAGAUGGAAGGAGGCUGUGGCGAAAAUUGAUGAGGAAUUGGGGAAGAUUGAGGAGGAUCAAGAAGUGAUCGAAAUCCACGUGACAUAUGCUUCUACAUCUAGAUUCCAAUUCUAUGAUCGCUGGGUUAGAGUUAGAAAAACUGACACAAUGCGAUAUCUGAAAUUACAGUACGUGGGAUAUGAUAAAAAAGAAGUAAGAAUUGAAAAUGUUAGAAUUGGCUUCGAAGAUAAAGAAUUUGAAGAGGAUAAAACGUUUGGUUAUUAUGGAGUGAGUUAAUGAAAAUUUUGAAAAAAAAACAUUAUAUAAAAAGGGGGUGUUCUUACAGAUGGAAAACAAGUCGAAAGUCCAGAUGUUUGACAAAACGUUGCAUGUACAUUUCGUGAACUGGGACUGGGCCAGGAUUCCUCCCCUGGAAAAUGCAUGA